GAGAGGUCUUUUUGGGUCUGACCUGAUGGAGACAGCGAAGGAUGGGACCGUGUGGCGUGAAGAACGUGUGGGGGCGCCUCUCCCUUUCACCCCCAUAGUAGCGUACGCCGCACACGGAGAGCCGACGCCUGCGGCCAAGAGAAGCAUCUCCAGUCGCCUCGAGAGCUUCCUGAGGUUCAUCACCCUUGACAUGCUCCACAGCAUCCAGGAAUGCACCAUUCAACACGCACGGCGAACGGAGCACGACGACUGGUUCAUGGACAUCCCGGAACUAAUGGCAUUCAUUUCCAUUGUCAUCCUGCGGGGGGCGAUCAGGCUUCCAUCACCAGAUGACUACUGGUCAGAGGAGAUGGGAGUCGCAAAGAUCAUGGCGACUAUGGCGCACGAGCGCUUCGAGGACAUCAUGCGACACCUGCGCUUUGACGACAGGUCCACACGCAGGCAGCGAGUAAAGACCGACAAGUUUGCCGCAAUUUCCGACGUGUGGGGACCCUUUGUCGCGAACUGCGUCACGUCCUACAACCCCGGGCCACGCAUGAGCGUGGACACGCUUCUCCUCCCGACAAAGAGCCGCUGCUGUUUCCUGCAGUACGUCCCAACCACGCUUUAUGAUGAAAAGUUUGGGAUCAAGUUCUGGGUCGCUUGCGACUUAAAGACCAAAUACAUUUGCAACGUCCUCCCGUGUCUUGCCGCGGACCCCACUAGUGUCAGUGGGGAAGAUGUGGUGAUGCAUCUGAUGAAACCGUUCCUGAACCAGGGCAGACACGUGGCCACGGACAGUUGCCUCACGUCGCUGUCACUUGCUCAACGGCUGCUUAGCCACAAAACCACCUUCCUCGGCGCAGUCGACAAGAAUCGCAGUGAAAUUCCAGAUUCCUCUAGACAGAGGGCCCGCAAGAAAUACACAACUCAGGUGUUUUCCACCGCCGGUGCCACGCUGACGGCGUACGUGUACGCGCGGAGGAAGACCGUCCGCGUCCUCAGCAGCGACCACAGCGUGGUCCACACGGAGGACUCCUACAGAAACAGGCCGGACACCGUCACCCGCUACAACGCCACCAAGUUCAGCAUGGAUGUGUUGGAGCAGAAGCUGCGGAGGUACUCUGUGCGCAUGGAAACGCGGCGCUGGCCCGUGGCCGUGUUCUACAACAUGAUUGACAUGGCAGCGCUGAAUGCGUAUGUGCUGUACCAAGCGUGCACGGGGGGGAAGGAGAGGCGGGGGGCCUUCCUGUUGGCGCUAGCAACUGAGCUGGCUAACCCUCAUGUGGGCGGAGUGAAUACCUGAAAUGCACUCGCGCACGAUUCACCAUUACUUGCAAAUAUGUGUAAAGAAUUGAAUUUUACUGUUUUUGAAUUGAGUUGAAUUUUUUUGUACUAUUUUUUAACAAUAAAUUUCGCCAACAAAGGAAAAUACCCAUGUGUGUUGAUCUCUUACUAAAAUGACAAAGUGCAACACAAGUUUGGUUGAAUUGGCUCAGCAAAGGCAAGAGGCCUUCAAACAGGAAGC